AUGCCCCUAUUCACCCCCGUUCUCCAAACCUUUCAAAGUCAGUAUGGGUCUAGUGUCUUUGAGCAAGCACUGACUGACAACCACCUUCAAGAGCAAGAAGGCUAUGACCAAGAGGACCUGGACCAAUACAGUCAUCAACCUAGACUGUCGAACUUUCAAGACAACCUCGACCAAGAGGAGUACGACCACGAACACCACCAUCAGUACCGCCAGCACUAUCGUCACCACGACAGUCAAGAGGAAGACAACGACGAGAACGAGGAAGCCGAUCCCGAUGCAUCCUCUCGGCGAAAUCUUCUUUAUGCUGGGGUAGGAGAAGCAUCAAGCAGUACGCACUCCUCGGACGGAGGGAGGCGCGGUAAUAAUGCAUACUUCCAAGGCAACCACCCUUUGACCUCCGGCCCAUUUUCACUCAACAGGCCAAGCAACAGCAACGCCAGGAGUCAUCACAAUAACCCUUCAAUACUACGACCCAAUGUUGACAUUGGCACGGACCAUGAAGCACCAGCGUCGCUCAUGAUAGAGAUGAACCAGCAGCACCAAGACGAGAACGACUCGACAGGGUACUGGAACUUUGGCGACAGGGCUCGACGCAGACUUCAGUACAAGCGACCAGGAAUGAAUGCUGCGGAACUGGCCAUGUGGAAAUGGGUGAAUGUCGAAAACCUGGACAACUUUUUAGCCCGAGUCUACAACUACUAUGUUGGAAAGGGCAUGUACACCAUUCUACUCGAGCGGUGCUUGAAUCUACUGACGUUUGCUUUUGUUAUCGGGUUUGCAACCUACCUGAUCGGCUGCGUGGACUACCCUCGGUUAAGGCACUCGAGACACCUCAGUGAGGUCAUCAUCCCACAAUGUGUCCACAGGCUAUCAACAGGCACCUUCAUCGUGCUCCUGCUCUUUGCGACGUUUUGGAUCGGUCAGUUGACUCGACUCAUCUACGACGUGCCCGAAAUGGUGGACAUGCGCAACUUUUUCACGUAUCUGCUACAGAUCCCUGAUGAAGAUAUCCAGACCGUUUCGUGGCAUGAGGUGGCGGCAAGAAUAAUGAAGAUCCGUGACAACAACCCCAAUACCUCAACAACGGCUACGAUCCAAACAACAGACACACAACGACUCAAUGCGCAUGACAUCGCCAACAGAAUCAUGCGCAGGGAGAACUUUAUGAUUGCCAUGUUUAACAAAGACUUGAUUGACCUUUCGAUACCUGUGCCGAUGAUGCACAACCGGACUAUUCUCACGCGGAUUCUGGAGUGGAGUCUAAGUUUCUGUAUUUUGGGCUACGUUUUUGACGAACGCGGACAAAUCCGAAAGCGAUUCCUUAAGGACACUCGCAGGACUGAACUUGUCGACGGAUUGAGAAGACGAUUUCAGUUCAUGGGUCUUGCAACGUUGCUCUUUUCGCCGUUCAUUUCUAUUUACCUCACGCUUUACUUUUUCUUUCGGUAUUUUGAGGAGUAUCACAAGAACCCAAGCUCGAUCGGCACCAGACAAUAUACACCGGUGGCGAAAUGGAAGUUCAAGGAGUUUAAUGAGCUUCCUCACCUAUUUGAGGCUAGGAUCAAUGCAAGUUACCCACUGGCGUUGAAGUACAUUAAUCAAUUCCCCAAGGAGAAGACGAUCUUGCUCUGCAGAUUUGUUGCAUUUGUCUCUGGAUCUUUUGCGGCUGUUCUCGCCUUGAUUACGAUUUUCGACCAAGAGUUGCUCCUGGGACUGGAGAUUACUACAGACAGGACCGUGUUCUUCUAUCUGGGACUCUUUGGAACCAUCAUGGCUGUGAGUCGAGGCAUGAUCCCAGAUCAAACAGAGAGUUUUGACCCGGAACUUUUGAUUCGAGGAGUUGUUGAGCAUACCCACUACAUGCCCAGCGAGUGGGAAGACAAGCUACACACCGACGAGGUCCGGAAACGAUUUGCGCUGCUUUUCGAGUACAACGCGAUGUUGUUCCUCAUGGAGUUUAUGAGCUUGGUCUUGACGCCCUUGAUGCUGUGCUUGAGCUUGGCAAAUUGCAGUGAGAAGAUUGUUGACUUUUUCCGGGAGUUCACAGUCCAUGUCGAUGGGAUAGGAUAUGUCUGUAGUUUCGCUGUCUUUGACUUUAAGCGGCAAGGAAACGUUAAGUAUGGGAACAACGCGGCAGGCACUAUGAACGAGCAUGUUGUCGCCAACGAAAACAAAAUGGAGAAGUCGUUCCUGAACUUCAAGCACAACAAUCCUGACUGGGAGCCAAAUGACCCUGAAGGAUCGGUAUACCUUUCAAAACUGCUGAAAGCCGAGUCAGCACAGAACCAUCGCAACCACCAUCGAUUCUACCCCGGAGAUGAUCCUUACCAACAGCCCGGACAAUGGGGCCAGAGCUCUGCAUUCAUGCGACCAAGGGGGACUGGUGGUUCCUACUAUAUCCACGGUGAGAAGAAAUCCUCACAGGCGAAGAGUCGACUGGGUCGUGGCAUAUAUAAUCGCCAUUCUGAAGAAAAUGAGGAUGAUGACCAGGAUGGUGCCGGAGACGACAAUGUGAGGAAUCGUGGUCAAGGUCCAGGUGUCAAGUUUUUCUUGUCAUCGAACCAGGGAACAGCGCGAGGACAGGACCGAUACCCAAAUAGGUUUGAGGGUGACAGUGGGUCAGAAUCAGGAGGAUAUGACGGCCGUGGCUCAGCAGAAGAUCAGCGCCAUCGGACCAGGGUACAACCAACAUCUGGGUUGGCAUUCCCAAGCGAUCUAGGCGACUCGUUUGUGUCUGAGAUUGGAGGAUCUUCGGGCCGCGCUGGAUCUGGGUCUCGUCGGGAACGGGGGCGGGAGCAAGGACAGGAUGAUAUGGCAGACUCUUUUGAGGACGAACGCGAGUCCCAGAAGAAAGGAGUGUUUGGCUUGUUGAACCAGAUCUACGAAUUGAACAAUGUCACCAAAUAA